AAAGGAGAAAUAUAGUCCUUAUGAAUAAAUGGCUUAAUUGGUAUCAUUAAAAGUAGUAAGUGAAAAAUUUUGAUACACUACUAUUAAAUUUUAAUCCUGUGUUUAAAACUAAUAACAGAUUUGCAAACUUUCUUUAAGCUCAAUUUAAGCCAUGCUGUGUUAAAUGCGCUGUGUUUCCUGGUAAAUACUUUGUGGAAUUGUAGAUGUAAUUUUUUCAACAUUUGUAAGCCAUAUUGUGUACUACUACUUGGCAGUAUUAGUGGAGAAAACAACACCUAAUGGUGCACCAUUAAUCUGUGUUUGUUUCCAGUUAAAUCCUCCCUUUAUUACUUUUGCUCUGACUUCUCAAAAUUAAAGGUGUUCAACAAGCCACCCCAACCUGCCUUAUGCCUUUCUGAGCGGUGAACAUUUCAAAGACACAUCAGCUGCCUUUUUCUUUUUCUUUUUUUUAAAAAAUCAUUUCAGUGCCCCACUCCUGUGUUAGUGAGAAGGAAAAGGUGGGAGGAUGUUACUCCCAUCCGCCAGAGAUUGACCCAAACUAAAUAGGCAGCUCAGAGACGUCUGACCGCACAGGUGUUCACUCCGGCAGUGAAGCAUGUUCUUGUUGAUCCUCCUCUGGAGCAGCUUUGGUCCUGCAGUAACAGCUUCCGCAGCGCAUCGGGAUGACCCCUGCUUUGUGGACGACUUGGUGGCAGCUCUCCAUGACGCCACGGGGAGAGACGGUGAACUUCUAGCCAGCAGCUCGGCUUUGUUUGGGAUCUGCAAUGAAUCCGACAGUUCAUCCCGAUCAGUCCUGUCAGAACUCAGCAUAGGAGUACGAAGGAACGACCGAGGAGGCGUGGAGGUUUUGGAUCCGGCUGCAGUGCUUGUGUCAGAUGAAGAUGAUCAGGAAAGCAUCAUGGUAACCUUUGACCUCCCGCAAUCCCAGUUAUUGAAGCUGAAACCGGUGUUGGUCUUAGCAUUUAAAAGCCCCCCUGCAGAUGGAGAGCUGGGCGUCAUUUUCUCUAGUCAGUCUCUGCAGCCAAACACACAGUCUGCUUGCAUUUCAGGGACGACGUUGUACAUCCUGCUAACAGGAAAAUCAUCUGAGGGAAAUUUGGAACAGAAGUGGAAUAUUUCUGUCCAGGCAAAAUCCCCCGGCACGAGACAAAACCUGAAAGACGUCCUCAUUGGUGGAAAAUCAGGAAGCGACGUUCGCCUGACUCCGCUUCUGCUUUUCUCUGCAGAAGCAGGAACCGAUACGAGACAUGCAAACAGGUCGGGUUCGUCAGCGGCCUCCUCCCAGACAACUUCCCUCUCCUUCCUGUGUGAGCUGAGACGCUUCCUCGAUGCCGACCUGCCCCAGCAACAAUCCCAGCCCCCUCUGCUGCGGCUCGACUCCCUGCAGUCCCUUCCUCCCCUGGCUCUUGGCCUUUCCACCAGCGAAACCCUGCUGGCGGAGAUCAUUAACUCCUCUGCCCCGACUAUCUUUUCCUUCAGCGGCUGGAGCUCCAGCUUCCCGGUCCGUCCUGGACAGCUGGCCCUCUCCCCUGCUCUGCUGAGGGAACUGGGGCUGAGGCUGGAAACGAGCGAGAGGCAGAUGAGGGAGUUGAUAAGGCAGGGAAUGGUGCCGCAAAGAGCAUCGGAGAAGCUGGAGAGGCUGAGGCAGCUCAGUGCUUUUCAGAAGCAAGAUUCAUCAGCAGGAGGAGAGAGCCAGUACUGCGCUUUCCUCCUCCUGAAGGCCCUGCAGAUGGUGACCCGUGCCUACAACACACAGAGAAAGCUGAGGGCCGCCAGAGCAGGCCCUUCAACCAGGAGCCCCAACUGUGGGCUCGGGAGCCUCAAUGUGUGCCUGGCAGAUCUCGUGAAGGGAAUCUUGGGUCCCAAGAGUGCCGACCUCAACAACUGCCGCGGCUCGUGCGCCAUUCCGCUAGACAACAUCAACAACCACGCCGUCCUGCUCACCUACCACGUCGAGACGGUGGACGUAAACGAGCGGGGGCCCUGCUGCGUGCCGCUGGCCUACGACCCCCUGGAGGUGAUAGUCUUGAGCGACGAGGGCAGCUUUCUCACGAGCAAGCCGGAUAUGGUGGCCAAGGAGUGCGGAUGUCGCUAAAAGUGGUUUGAAAUACCUGAACUUUGUUCUUCAGAGGGAAAUAAGUGUUGUGUUUUUUUUUUGUUUGUUUUUUUUUAUUUUUGCUGCAUGCUGUAUUUAAAUAUUGCAGUAAAUUCAUAUUAUUUACAUAGAUUUCUUUAGCGUUUGCUUUCAAGUAGAUGUUGCACGAUCCACGUCAUAUAUAGGUUUCGUCUUAAAAAGAGCAAUCAAAGAUAAUUAGAUAGUAAUUAAAUGAUAAUGCAUUAAAAACACCAUCUCCAAA